CUCCCUCUCCGUGGCCGUUCACUUUCUUCAUAGUCUCAGGCUGAACUGCGGAGGAGGCUGCAAGCGGUCGGCCGGCUUCUCUUUCUCCUUUCCGCCGACAGUAACAUACCAAAAAUAAGAGAUGGCAGUAAUGGAAAUAGCUUGCCAGGACAAUACAGAUCCAGCUAUUGGAUCUCCAAAGGAUCUCCUAAAGGGCAAAGGGCCAGAAGAAGUAAUGAGUGAAAAGAAAAGCAGUGUUUGCAAAGUAGAGGAGUCAGACAAAAAGAUAUUCCAUGAAUCAUGGAAGAUCCUGAAUGAUGUGAUUGCUAAAGGAACUGCCAAGGAAGACAGCGGACAAGGGAGCUUAGCCUCAAUAUCCAUCAUUGCCCAGGCAGAAUGUGAGAUAAGCCAGGAGUUCAGUCCCACUUAUUCAGAGAGGCCUUUUAUUGCUCACACAAAGCGAUAUAGCCGGUCUUGCAGCCUUGAUCAAAUCCCCAAUAAUGUGGCUCAUGCAACUGAAGGAAAAAUGGCUCCAGGUUCCUGGAAGGCCUUACAUUGCGGCAAAUCCCGGAAGAAACAGCGAAAGAGAAAGUCCACCCUUAAAACACCAAAAAGAGCAUCCUCCCUAAGUCGAAAGCCAAGGACUCCGGAGCAGGAGAGCUGUGUACCCAUACCUGUGCAGGAAGAUGACUCUCAUUUGGGCACCCUCUUCAAUAUCACUUCAUGGCAUUCAGAACUAUGUAAAGAUAUCGGUUCUGAUUUCAGUUCCUUUGAGAAACCAAGCCAAGUUUUAUCUACUAGCAAGUUACACAUGAUAAAGAACCAAGCAAAGCUAGAGUUACACAAGUUGAUCAGCCCUGCUCAGUGCUUGAGUCAUGUUUGGAAAUCCUAUACACAGGACAAUUUGGGCUCUCAAUUGGAGAUUGUGCAUCCCUCUCCUUCAAACAAAUUUCCUCCUUAUUUGUAUGGCCAUAGCUAUUUGCUUCCUGCUUUGAAACCUGGCCCUCUGAAGACUUAUAUUUUUGAUGAUCUUUCAAAUGUAGAUGAUGAAUGUUACCUUUCAGACUUGGAUCUGACGCCUAGCUUUUCCAAAUGUCAUCAGUCUGCAAAAAACACUUCGGAUACUUUUUCUAUGGAUGAAUUUCUAGUAGAUGCAUUGAAGGGAAAUGUUAUUCUUGGAGAACCAAGAAACCUAGCUUGUUUGGCCAAGACUUGGAAAGAUGGAUCAAGUUCAAAAGUGUGCCUGAAGGAAAUCAAUGAAAAUGAAGGAGUGUUGCUUACAGAGAAACUUAAAGCAGUCGAUUAUGAGUACCGAGAAGAGGUUCACUGGACUAAAUCUCAAGGUUUGCUCGGCACAGGCUCUUUUGGAGAAGUGUACAAAAUGGAGGACAAACAGACCGGCUUUCAGUGCGCAGCCAAAAAGGUACAAGUUGAACACUUUCGUGCAGAAGAGUUGUCAACAUGUGCUGGAGUGACACAUGCCAAAGUCCUCCCAUUAUAUGGAGCAGUGAAAGAAGGCCAGUGGGUUACUAUCUUCAUGAAACUGAUGGAAGGUGGGUCAUUAGGCCAGCUAGUUAAGCAGUGUGGAUACCUACCUGAGGACAGAGCUCUUGAUUAUCUCAGCCAAACACUGGAGGCCUUGGAAUACCUCCACACCCACAAUAUUCUCCAUGGAGAUGUAAAAGCUGACAAUGUCCUUUUAUCUGGUGACAGAAGCCAUGCUGUUCUCUGUGAUUUUGGUCAUGCAGCUCAACUUCAUCCAGAUGGCAUAAGGAACUAUUUAAUGACAGGGGAUUAUGUCCCGGGCACUGAAACCCACUUGGCUCCUGAAAUCAUAAUGGGAAAGCACUGUGAUUUCAAGAUAGACAUCUGGAGUAGCUGUUGCAUGAUGCUGCACCUACUGAACGGGUACCAUCCUUGGAUUAAGUACUAUAAUCAUCCUCUGUGCCUCAAAAUAGCCAAAGAGCUACCCCCUCUGAGAGAAAUUCCCCCCUCCUGUCACCCAUCCACUGUUCGAGUCAUUACCUCUGGCCUUGAGAAAGACCCUACAAAACGAGCUUCUGCAGCAGAGCUAAGGAAGAAAACCUGCAUAGCACUUAAGCAAGUGGGAGGACUGCAGAGUUCCUGGAGUGGUGAAUACAGAGAACCUAGAUGCCUGCAGUCAACACAGAAAGCUAUUCUCGCAGAACUACUAUUAUCCAUACCUGAACUCCCGGAUAGCCAAAAGGUGUUGUCUAGAAGCCCUAGACCUCCGUUGCCAUGUCAGGAUCUGACUGAGAGAAAGCAGUUAAUUAACCCAGACAUGUGCAAGGAAUUACUGCCACCAUGUGACUCCCUUCUACCAUCCUUCCUGGUACCAGCCAGUACUAGGAAAUACAACAUGACAGAGUGGAGGACUCCCAGCAUUGACCACGACCUUCAGCAGCUGGAGUUUGAUCUGAUUCUGAACAGCCUCUCUCAACCCUUUUCACUGGAAGAACAGGAACAAAUGUUAUCAUGCUUCAGCUUGGAUAGCUUCCUCGCAUCAGAUGCUAGUGAAAAGGGUUCAUUGAAAAUGUCCCACAGUCUGAAGGACACCAUGAGUUCAGGUGUACAUUCCUGGAACAGCCAAGCAGAUGGCCAGAGCAGCAGCUGGAACAGCUGGCUGAAUCGUAGCAGGAAUACAGAUAUGCCCACUUAUGUUAACGGAGUGAAAAUUGAGAUCUGCUUGCUUAGUGGGGAAAGCCUCCACAUCAGAGAAUUCCGUGGAACUAAGGUGGGAGAUGUUGCCACUGGAAUCAGCAGCCAGAUACCAGCCCCUGCAUUCAGCUUCUUCACAAAAGAAGGCGAUCCUGUUCAUUGUGACAUGGCGGUCCCUGAUUCAGGCAUUGAACUUCAGUGCACUUUGGCUCCUGAUUGCAGUUCUGGCUGGAAGUGGAGGGUCAAACAUGGUCAAUUAGAGAAGCGGCUGUGCAAAGAUACCUCAUUCACAAAACCUCAACUGGCACGUUCUGAGCUACAUCUGGAGUAUGUUCACUCGUAAUUGUUUUUGGCUGAACUUUGAAAUUAUAUAGAAAAGAUAAAUCCAAUUGAAAAAAUUGGGGGGGGGGGUUAAAAACAUGUCUGUUAUCCUUCUCUAUCAAAGAAAAUAAUUUAGUUGCCUAAAUUCCAAUUAAAUUUUCAAGAUUUUCUACUUCCUCUUCCAAACAUGCAUACUUCUUUACCAAGGCAAUGAACAGCAUCUUUUCAAUCCAUCUUUUCAAAUGUAAUUCCUAGGCAGCUGGAGUGAAUGUGCAAAUUACAAGAAUUUGGCUAUAUAGCAACUCUAAACUCUAUGUUUCUCCUUGUAAACGUCUCAUUUCACAUUAAAGUUAAAUGUCUUCAUUUCUGACUUGACUUCACUAUUGGAUAAUAAAAUUUGUCUAUUGCUACUUUUACUGGAUUCUAAAUCUACUGUAAUUCUAAACAAAUAGAUUAUUUUUUAGAAGCUUGAAGUUGUGCCUUAAUAAUUGGUUGUUUCUUAAUUGGCAAGAGGCUUUUGUAGUCUGGUCUAUUAGAAGUUGUACUGCUGCAUUUAAAAUGGAUCCAAUUGCUUGGAUGUCCUGCUAAUUUGAUUGUAGUUGUGCUCUAAGAGGCAAUAUCUUCCCAGUUGGUACAACAAAAAGCUGAAAUAGGCCACUGAGUUUUUAUGAUUGUAUGUAAUUUCAGUUGUCUGAAGUUCAUGUUGUGGUCCCUAUUUAAUUUUGCGUAAAAUUAAAUGCUAUUCAGAAUUGGAAUGAUUAUUCUUGCAAUUCAGUAACCUAAUGAACUUAUCGAGUUUGGUGGUUUACAAAAUUGCCACAAGUAUUGGGAGACACUAUAUCUCCUCAGGACCAUGAUGGCUGAUGAAAAUGGCAAGCAGCCUCUAAUUUUGCCAUUGAAAACUUAAAUUUAUAAGUACUGUUGUUUGGGAUUGCAAUCUGUAAAAUCAUUUUGUACUGUAUUCUCUCAGUAGCUGGUAGAGUUCAUGUGAAAGAAAGAGGGUUUUUUUUUUUUUUGAAAUGCAAUGCUUCAUUAUAGAAAAUAAGUAUAAGAAACUUACUUGACAUGACUUCAUUGUGGGCAGCAGCAUUGUGGGUGCAAGCGGCAGGAAAGAGUUGACACGAUGUUCUGGGGAACGUCCAAGGCAUCCGGCUCCAUUGUUCCUUCAGGAACCUGGUUGCUUUUAUCCAACUUGAAUCAGAUGAUUUGGAGAAAUGCCAUGUCUUUCAAAAUGUCUUUCUCCUGGUUGUUUUUAUCCAGCCUGAACAGACUAAUUUGGAGAAACACCAUGGAAUCAUCACUUAACAAAUCUGACUUGCUUUUCGGUUUGACUGCAGGAGGCUCAACUAAAGCGUUCUCUGAAGGGCACCUGGGUAGGUUUCUCAACAGUAUAUUUGUCUUGGCAAUAACAUUGGAGCUGAACAGCAUUUUUUGUGACUGAUGAUCAGUCUGAGCCAGAUUCUGAGCUAGGGCCUCCUUGAGAGCAAGGGCUUGGUUGAGUUCUGUAAGCUCCUUUGACGGCUGAGCUAGCUGGAGGGCAUGCUGAGCAGUGUAGUUGUCUGAAAACAGAGGAGCCUCCAGUUUUACUGUGGACGUUGAAUUGAUUUUCUCCAGCAUCUCUGGAGAAUGACUGGCUGCUUCAUUUUUCUCGAGAACUGAGUGGUCUUUUUCCAUCAGAGAAUGAUUUUCUAUCGGCUCACCCCAAAGCCUCCAGGCGCAGCUCAAAAAGGACCCUGAAAGGGAAACCAUGGCGGAUCUGCCCUUGUUUAGUUGUUCUAUCUAUCUAUAUAGCUGGAGAGAUUGGGUAAAUUCUAUUUUUUACUGUCACCUAGUUUCAGGUUGGAACUCAAGAAAUGAUUUUUAAAAAUUAUAGAGAAGAAACUGGCUGUAGAGCCAAUCACAGCUGUCAAUUUAUUCCUAACUGUGGAUAACAUAUUUUUAAAAAAGUACAAAUUGCCCUCUAUAGAUUGUACAGCUUGGGGAGCUUAUCCAUUCUGUUUGUGGAAAGGAAAAAACAGCUCCUAGUUACCAAUACAUUUCUCUAAAUGUUCCUAAAAACAUCAUUUGUGGAAAUCUUGACUCUUUCAAGCACUUUUCUUAAUUUGCAAGAAUAGCUGACUUAUGAUCCAGUCAAGAGAAAAGAAAUGUAGCAAAAUGAAGUAUCUAUAUGCAACGGGAGUAAACUGACACAUUUAGAAAAAUCUGAAAGUUUAUCAUGAUAUCUUAGGUAUCUGCGGCUGUAAUCCAGGGGUCUUUCCUCUCCAGUUCUUAAAACAUUAAUCUGCUUGCAGCAUAUUGAUUCCUGCAAAUGAAGUAGCAGACCCUAAAUCAAGAAAUAGGGAUCUAGAUUAAUGUACAGAAAAGCACAUUAUUUUUUCUUCUUCAUGCAUUUACUUCAUGCAUACUUUUCUCUUUUUGUUUUGUUUUUUGGUAUAAAGAAAGAAGUUAUUUUGUCAGAUUUGCAUUGUGAUAAUGUAAUGAUAGCGAGCUCAUAGAUCAUGUUAUGUCUCUGCAGGUGUAUGUUCUUUUUUACUGUGAUAUAUAAAUCAACUUUGUGUAGCAUCAAGCCAAACCACAAUGGCAUAUUGAACAAAUGAUGAAACUCAUUUGGUCAUAGUAUUUAGGGGCACUAUAUGAACCAAGCCAUUUUUUUAAAACUCUAGAGAAUUUAGGCUAAAAUAUUAGCUUUCUGUGUGAGCUUUCUGUGUGAAGAAUUUAUUAACUUCCUUGCUUCCAGUGUUUAAACUGUUAAAUAACCAAUUUCCUUGCAAAAAUGAGCUUAGAAGUUUGUCUAUUUUUCCAAUGUUAAAAUUAUAUUGGUUUUGAAAAAGCCAAGAGAUGGAAUGCUAGAAAGCCUCAGCCUUACAGCCUGUUGUCUUAGAUACUUUCCCCUCCAGUCCAGCUUCAGAAAUGCCACAAAGCUUUUUAAAAUGAAUAGAAUGAAAUAAUUAUUUGGAACAGCUCUUUAGACUGGAGUUGCUUUUGCCAAAACCAGGGUAGUAACCAGAGUGGCCUAAAGAUCCUUCUAAACUGUGUUCUUAAUACUUCAAUUAAAAGUGUUCAUUUUGUUGUUUUCAACUUAAAAUAUAUAUUUUAAUGGAGGGGGGAAAGAGGGAAAAGUAAGAACGUACAGAUAGAUUUUAAAUGAAAAUCACUGAUUAUGUUCAUGUGAUGCACUGAACCACAAACUUGCCAGCUAUAGUUAGUCUGGUGUGUUCUGAAAAGACCUGUGCUAUGUUAGUUUAGGGUUCAAUGUGCGGUUUCAGUCCAGAAAAGUAAAUUUUAUUAAUUGUGGAUAAUCAUGUUAUACAAGCACAAUAUAUAUUGUCUGUGAUUCUGUGAAGAUUAAGAAUGACUGAUGUUAUUUUUAACUGUCAAUGAAGUUGUAACCCAAAUGAAGCCUAAAUGUACCUUUUUCAAUCAAGGAAAUUAAAUCACAGUGCCUUUAGCUCA